CAAACCGGUAUCAUGUUUAAUAUUUACAAAAGCGUAAAACGCGAAUUGUACAAGUGACAGACGACAACUAACCUGUAUACAGGACACACUUUAAUCAGCAUUGUUCGACUUACUGAGACAGAGGAGAUAUCACUACAGAUAUCAGUGUUAUCAAACUAGUUUACAACAGCAGGGGCGACAAUACGUACACAGAUUUUCCACUAGUCACACUGAGGUGUAUGUGUGUAAAGAACGUUACUCUUCCUAAAGGUUUGAGUGGAUGACAGGGUUACUGGGUACCUAAAGGAGAUACAGUAUUAUGUAAUCAUUCAUUUUACAAACAAGAUGUUUCGACACGUUCAAAACCAUAAUUUCGCCACGUCAGGAAAGUGAGUAAGGAGUAACCACGGACACGGGAUACAUGGGAAGAAAGUGCGCCCUCUAUUGGUGGCCGGCCAACACAGCAGUAAACGCAACAAUGGCAGCAGCUUAGAGAACAAAAUAUCAAAAGACACAGAGCUAUGAGGGAGACGUAACUUGAUAGAACAGAAGAAAUAGACAAAGGAUGAAUUUCCGGAGGUGCAAACUGAAUUUGGUGACCACCAUAGUGGUCGUAAACAUGCUUGGCCUUCUAAUGCUUAUCCUGACCAACAGUCGGUCGCGUUGGCUCAGCAACGCCGUGGAUGAUUACUAUUCCCGCGAAAAAACUUUCAGUGACGUCAGUGAAUCCGGGGUGUACAACUCGCUGAAGUGGGAGCCUGUAAAGGGCUCUGUUUAUGACACCAUGGGCGGUGGCAGGGAGAUGGUGGUACGCGCCCUAGAGGGUGACAAAUUAUCCACCCUUCAUCAUGGUCCAUCCCCAAAUGAUAUAGACAUGUCAAAGUUUAAGUACAGCGAUAUACUUGAUUUUGUUGUUCCCGUUCCUCGUGUAUCGACGACCGACAGGGUGUACAGAUUAAAUAAAACUAUCAUGGAAAACCACUUACGGUUGGAACCAAGAAAAUACACUAAAACAGUGGUCAUUUUGACGCCCAUUCAUAAUAGUGAAAAGAGUUUGAUGAAUUAUGUACGAGAAAUCAACCAUCUCUCUUACCCUCAUCAUCUCAUUUCCGUUGUCUUUGGAGAGGACGGUAGCCAUGACGGCACGCUCACAGUGGCUCACGAAGUUGCGAAAGAUUUAAAAGAUUUUGGCUUUAAGAGGACUGAAGUUCUUCAUUUUAACAUUUCAGGGCAGGUGGGUGGCGGCUGGGGCGAUAUACAUCACAUACUGGUUCAAUAUAAACGUCGAAAACAUCUUGCACAGGCGCGGAACCUUCUUCUGAAAGGGGGUCUUAAAAAUGAAGACUAUGUUUUAUGGAUUGAUAGUGACGUAGGCAGUAUGCCCUCUGACCUCAUUGAACAGCUAAUGUAUGCUGACAAGGACAUCGUGACGCCGCUUUGUCUUUUCUCUUCCGGUGGCGUAGACCGCGUUUAUGACAAAAACACUUGGCGGGAAACUGAAGAUUCGUUAAGAAACCAAAAGACACUUAAACCGUUCGAACUUGUGGUCGAAGGCUACAGUACUACAUUGCGGUUGUAUCUAUCUGACCUUCGGGCUGAAGGUCGCGUCGUGCCGAUAGAUGGCGUUGGUGGAUGUAGUCUAUUAAUAAAAGCCGAAUGUCAUAGAAAGGGACUUAUUUUUCCGGAAGAAAUAUAUGACCACCACAUAGAAACCGAGGGUUUAUCGAAAAUGGCGAAAAAUAUGUCUUUUGGAGUGUAUGGACUCCCGUUUGUUUUGGUCUACCAUUCGUGAUAUUGAUAUAGUUAAUUUCGAGUGAUGGAGUCAUGAUUUCAUAAUGUGAUAUAGAUACUAUCGAGGGACGGGGUUAUGCUUUUAAUAUCAUUGUGAAAAAAGAGCUUCCAAAAAUACGAUUGUCUAAUAGGGUCCUCUAGAUAAUACAUUGGUCAUUAGCUGAAAAUAAACUAAUUAAUCAAAAAUUUAACCCCAACUUUUAGUUCAAAAUAAUUUACUUGUUCGCGAAAUAUCCCCUAACUUGAAUGCAUUUUCAAUGAGAAAACAUAUAUCUAGCUCCCUUUAAGUGCUAAAUAUAGCAAAGAUAUUUGUCGAUUUUAUCUUUUGGAUCCAACACAUCGUCAUUCAUAUGAUUAACAAUUAUUUAUAUGGGUCAUCACCGGAAUCGACAGCAUUUAGAUUUGUGAUACAAUUUAGUUAUCAAUGAAAAUAUUAAGUAGCUCCCGAUAUAUAUAUGUUCUAGGUUGUACGUCCCUUCAUUAUGUCAAUCUUCAAUUUGAUUUUAUAAUAUCAUGAUAAUUUAAAAUCAUUACCCCCGUGGUUCCUUAAGGAAGUGAGGAACGUAAUGCAAUGGGAGGGAUUGACUCGAAUUGUUAUAGACCAUGUACAUGCCCUAGUACCAUUACUCUCCGCUAGGCUGCACUCCAAUCUAAUUAAAAUUAGUCUUGUAAUUUCCGCUCCUCUACGAUAAUACCGUAUUACAGUGUAUCGAAGAGGAGCGGAGAUUACAAGACUAAUUAUAAUUAGAUUGGGCUCCACUCAUUAGAUGUUGUUUUAUUUUCGUACAUUCCUAAGACACCAAGUGUCUCUUUUACAUUCCAUUUUUUUGCUCUGUUUUUCACUAUUUUAUGGUGUUUUCUUUUUAAGUUUGAUUUUUGUAUUUCUUGUUAUCCAUCUAAAUAGACAUUAUGUGUGUAUGUAUGCACUACAUUCCCCGUUAUAAGGGUACGUAUUAUACUUUCGGUUUCUCACCUCCUCGAUACUUUACCGAGUUUCGAAGAAGAGUAGAACUACAAGUCUGAUUUUGAUAAGAUUUUUCCAUCACUGACACACAGUGGGUCACAGGGACCUGAGAAUUUGUUACAGUCUAUGUGUAUUCAGGCUUGUCUUAGUGUAAACCGAGAGGCGUCAUAUAAUGGUUAUCAAGUCCCCGUGCCUUUGCUUUAAUUUAUUUAUAGAUCGCAUUUUCAUAGCUCAUGAAUCAACUGAGAGGGUUAUAUAUACUUUUUUUAUUCUUGGUCGUGGUAAUUGGGUAUACCUGAAAAUAUUCUGAUAGGAAUCUGGUCGGUUCCACUGUACACUAUUAUUCAAACUGACAUGUCAAACUUGUCCAUUGUAAAAACGGUAUAGGCUUAUAUGAAAUAUGAAUAAACAUUAUAAGGAAACCACGGUGCUGCAAUGCAAUUUGCAUAUUAGAUGUUCCAUUUGGAUUUUUUUGUAUGGGUAAUGUUUUUGACUUUCUUGUGUAAAGCCAGGCAACCCUGUAUCAGCCAUGGUAUUGUAUGUUUUGUGUGAUAAAUAUGUGAUAUUUUCCAAUCAAAGACGCAUUAUUGUUAAGAUUAUCGAAGUUUGUAAAAUCUCGAUAUAUUUUUGUACAUUUAAAACCAUCUUGACGUUUCAUUCUAUUCGAGGAAUAAAAACUUAUCUUUUUAUACAUUUA